CGCCGCCUCCGCCGGGGGAGCCCGCGGGGCCGUACGUGCCGUCCGGGAGCGAGGGGAGGGUCUGCGGCUCGGCGUCGCUGCAGCAGCGCCGGCCCCGCCGCGCCGCGCCGCCCCGCGCCGCCAGGGACCGGGUGCGGGCGCCGCCGCCGCCGCCGCCGCCGCCGCCGGGCUCUCGCCGCUGCUGCUGCGCGGCGGCCGCCGCUGGUGGCGGGCGGGGGCAGGGAUGUGAGCUGUCGGGCUGGCUUUGCCCCCUCCCCCUUUUUUUUCCCUCAGGAAAAAAAAAAAAAAAGAGAGAAACCAACCAACCCCCAAAACCCUGGGGGCUGGGGGUGGGGGGUUCCCGUGUCGCCGCCGCCACCCUCCGCUGGAUCUAUUGUCAGGGAAGGAGGAAACUGCCAUCCGCCGGCAGCGGCGGCACAUCUGGGCGGGCACAUCUGGGCAUGCAACAUCGGCUCCCGCCGCCUUCCUCCGCCGUCCUCCGCCCGGCCGAGCGGAUCACUUCGGGGCUGGGGGAGGCUGCCGCUCGCCGGCCCCGGGGUCCAUCUUUUGGACUAUUAAAACUGGCAGAGCGGGGGGUGGGGUGGGGUGGAAAUAAAGACUGCUCUUUUUUUCCCCUGGGAUUUAUUUCAUGGGGAUGUGUUCAAGACAAGAGAGGAUUCAGAAGGAUAUUGACGUUGUGAUCCAAAAGUGCAAGGCGGAGAAGGACUGCCUGUUUGCAGAUUUCAGGUACUCAGACUCCACCUUUACCUUCACCUACAUUGGAGGCUCCAAAAGUGUGUCCUAUUCAGUGCAUGUCUCUGAGGACUACCCAGAUAACACAUAUGUUUCCAGUUCAGAUAAUGAUGAAGAUGUGUUAGUUACAACAGAGCCAAUCCCGGUAAUUUUCCACCAAAUUGCUACAGAAUUAAGAAAAACCAGUGAUGUCAACUACUGCUUAUCCAUAAAAUCAAAAUUACAGAGGGAAAAUGGAGAGGAGUCCAGGCACAACAGCACAGUUGAAGAAGAUUCUGAAGGAGAUAAUGAUUCUGAAGAAUUUUAUUAUGGAGGACAGGUUAGCUAUGAUGGAGAACUUCACAAGCACCCACAGCUGGAAGCUGAUUUAACAGCAGUGAGAGAGAUCUAUGGACCUAAUGCAGUAUCUCUCAGGGAAUAUGGAGCCAUUGAUGAUGUAGAUAUUGAUCUGCAUAUUGAUGUUAGCUUUCUUGAUGAAGAGAUUGCUGUGGCUUGGGAUGUAAUUCGCACAGAGCCUAUAAUAGUGCGAUUGCACUGUUCACUUACACAGUACUUAAAUGGUCCAGUGCCAACUGUGGAUGUAUUUCAGAUCUCUACUAAGGAAAGAUUUGGGUUGGGACAUCAGCUGAAAAAAAUCAUGCAGACGUUUGUUACACAGCAGUGGAAGAAUAGCAAAGAGAAGUCUAAUUGUACGCACAAUAAGAAGGUGUCUGACAAAAAGGUGAAAUCCCCUCUGCACAUCUUUUCUACAUUGCGCAGGUCGCCAAGUUAUCCUCCACCUGGCUGUGGUAAAAAUAAAUCAAAACUGAAGUCGGAACAGGAUGGCAUCUCCAAAACUCACAAGCUACUGAGAAGGACUUGCUCUAGCACAGUUAAGGCGGAGGAUGUGUGUGCCACAAAAUCCCACAGAACCUUUGGCCGCUCGUUGUCCAGUGAUCCUAGAGCUGAACAGACAAUGGCUAUUAAAUCGCACAAACUGUUGAACCGUUCUUGCUCUGCAGCUGUCAAGCAGGAGGAGUGCAUCACUUUAAAGCCUCAUAAGCUGUUAAGUAGGUCGUGUUCGGGGGAUCCUCGAUGUGAGCACAACAGCACCUUGAAGCCCCACAAACUUUUAAGCAGGUCUUACUCCAGUAAUCUUAGAAUGGAAGAAUUGGAUGGGUUGAAGAAUCACAAGUUACUCAGCAAGACUUACUCCAGCGCCCCUAAGUCAUCCAAAAUGGAGCCUUUCAAGGAGUCCACCAUAGCAGAGGGCAGGCGGCUCUCUCUUACCUCAGGGCUUAUUGGUAUCUUAACACCAUCUUCAUCAUCACCUUCACAAGCUGCUCAAAAUUAUGGUGCAAAAUGCAUUCCGGUACGAGACCGUGGCUUUCUUGUGCAGACUAUUGAAUUUGCUGAGCAGCGGAUACCAGUGUUGAAUGAAUACUGUGUAGUUUGUGAUGAACCCCAUGUGUUCCAGAAUGGCCCUAUGCUGAGGCCCACUGUGUGUGAACGGGAGCUCUGUGUCUUUGCUUUCCAAACAUUAGGAGUGAUGAACGAAGCUGCUGAUGAAAUUGCAACUGGGGCUCAGGUGGUUGAUCUGUUAGUAUCCAUGUGUCGGUCUGCGUUAGAGUCACCUAGGAAAGUUGUCAUUUUUGAGCCAUAUCCUUCUGUAGUUGAUCCUAAUGAUCCUCAGAUGCUGGCCUUUAAUCCCAGGAAGAAGAAUUAUGACCGAGUCAUGAAGGCAUUGGAUAGUAUCACUUCUAUUAGAGAGAUGACACAGGCACCUUACUUGGAAAUAAAGAAGCAGAUGGAUAAACAGGACCCGCUUGCACAUCCUCUUCUACAAUGGGUUAUUUCUAGUAAUAGAUCACAUAUUGUGAAGCUACCAGUGAAUAGGCAACUAAAGUUUAUGCACACUCCCCACCAGUUCCUCCUUCUCAGUAGUCCACCAGCCAAAGAAUCCAAUUUCCGAGCUGCUAAAAAUCUCUACGGAAGUACCUUUGCAUUUCAUGGUUCACACAUUGAAAAUUGGCAUUCCAUCCUGAGGAACGGCUUAGUUGUUGCUUCCAAUACGAGGCUGCAGCUCCAUGGUGCAAUGUUUGGAAGUGGAAUCUACCUUAGUCCAUUGUCAAGCAUAUCAUUUGGUUACUCAGGGAUGAACAAGAAGCAGCAGAAGGUGUCAGCUAAGGAUGAACCUGCUUCAAGCAGUAAGGGCAGUAAUACAUCACAGUCACAGAAGAAAGGACAACAGUCACAAUUUUUGCAAAGCCGUAACUUAAAAUGCAUAGCCUUAUGUGAAGUGAUAACCUCAUCCGAUCUGCACAAACAUGGAGAGAUAUGGGUAGUUCCCAAUACUGAUCAUGUGUGUACAAGAUUUUUCUUUGUUUAUGAAGAUGGUCAAGUGGGUGAUACAAGUAUAAAUACACAGGAACCAAGCAUUCAUAAAGAGAUUCUUCGAGUCAUUGGCAAUCAAACUGCUACUGGUUAAAAGGACCACUCUUAUUUAAUUGAUGUGAUUUGGAAGCCUUCCUCAGUCUCAAAGCUGGAUUUUGAACUGAAGAAGAUGCAAAAAACUAAUUUAUUAUUAUUAUUCUAAGCAAAUUAACCCUUUGAAUACUUACUGUUUUCUUACUUAGUAUUUCUUAUCUCAUCAAAAUACCUAAGACGGUAUGAAUUAGCAACUGUAGGGGUGCAAAGUCUAUUAAUAUACUACAACUAAUAAUAAUUAAACAGGCAUUUGGGUUGCUCACAAUAAACAGACUUUAAAAAGGAGUUUUGUGCUGAUAUUUUUAUAUUAAACUCUUCAAUUGGAGGUUUUAGUACUGUAUACUGGUAUUUUAAAUUUAGAAUGACUGAAUUAUAAUCAACAGAGAAGAUUUUAUAGCGGAGAACCUGUAUUAUGCAGGAUACUUUGCAAUAAGUAAAAUAUUCUCAUAUUUAAACACAAUAAAAGGUUGUCUGGAACAUGUAAAUUAAAGAGAUUGGUUACCUGCAGUUAUCUUUGAUUCAUUUUAUUUUACACAGCUACAGCUAGGAUUUAGAGUCAAAGGUUAAAACAGUAAUACAUUUUUGACUUAAUCAGUGAAACCAAAUGAAAAGUAAUGACACUGAUGGUGUAUCUUUAGUCUUCUUUAUCCUCUCUGGAAAGAACUAUUUAUUCAUUAAAUAGUUCAGUUACAUUUUUUAAUUAUACAAGCCCAGAAACAGCUAGAAAUCUAGAAGCUAAAUCCUUUUUACAGAUUUGUUUUGUAUAUAUUAAUUUUGCAAUUUCUUCAUUUAAUAAGGUUCUGUAAUGUUUUUGCCUUAACUUUUGUGAGACUGCUCUUGUGGUUUAAAUUAGCCACAUAUUUAAGUACCACCAGAAUUAGAGCAUUUUUAUGUUUGGGUUGAUUGGUACAUUAGAAAAUACAAACAAGUGUUAAAUUUUAUUGAUUUCCUCUUGCUGAAAUAUUUUAUUAAUUUAUUCCCAGGAUAAAUUGAACCAAUUCAAAUUUCUCUGUCCUUUACACUAACAACUUGUUUUUCUCUUAAUAAGUGGUUACCACUGAGUGAGCAGGAUGGCAACACAUGAAGGGGCCCAGUCCCUGAAUCAUAAAGCAUAUCCUGUGCCCUGCUGAGCACCUUUGGCCCUCAAAAAUUACCAUUUUGCAGGAUCACACCAUUAAAUAAGGAGAGCAGUUUAGCUUGCCCAUCCAUACACUUUGUACAGGCCAUCUCGGAAGGUAAAAAUUGACCAGAGAGUUCAUACUCUCAAUUCUCUGUUGUGUUAUUUUCAUGAUAGAGAUCUUGAAGAUCCAGAUAACAGCACAGCACAGGCUAGCGUUUGUUUCUUUUCAAUAGAACUGCAUUAGGGGAAUUAUUUUUGUACUUACUGGUAGUGGACGAUUCCUUCUUUUUAGUCCAAGCUAGACUCUCCUUAUUCCCUCCUGUAAUUGAAAUGUUCUGCAAGUAAAAUAGUGUUAUUGGGAUUAGAAGCAUAUACUUGGAGAUGUUUAUAGCAUCCCAGACUUAUUUAUUGGUGACCUCAAUUCUGGUUUCACAUCUGGACCUGCAAACCUGUUUCUGUUUGCAAAUCCUCCUUUUGCUCUUGAAUUUCUGUUAGUUUUCACUCGCAUUUGAUGCACCCCUAGUUUGGGAACCACUGCUCUAAUUGUUAUCUUUUGUGUUGGGAUACAGGUUAACGUCUCAAAACAAGGAGGAUUCCUGAAAUUAAUGUUUCUAUAUUAGGACUGCACUAGGUUGUGCAACUGCACAAAAUCAGCAUAAUUCAGAAGUGGAGCUGCAAACCUGGAAUUACCAUCCCUCCAUAGUUUGUCCUGCUACAAGUGGCUGAAUCAGAAUGUUUUACAGAACAUAGAAAAAAAUUAGGAAGCAAGUCCACAAAGAUAUCCUACAGUGACAUACUGGGAUGAUUGUCCACUACUCUGGGAGGCCUCCUCAAAAUUUAGGAAAAAAGAAAGAUGAUCAUGAGAGAAGGGGAGAAGCCAGGUGAGCAGUCAUCUUACCUGUCCCAAGUAGCAGGAUCACAACUGAAGGCUUUGAAGGAAGAAACCUGGAAUAUAGCUAUGACAGUGAGUCAGCCUUGUUUUGCAUAGUGGUGUCAUGGAACUGGCCAUGAAUUGAGCCAUCGUAAGUACAACCACUGAAAAGGGAAAAGAAAAUACAUCUCUGCCAUCUUUUAAGAUUGCUCAGAAGAUUGUUUUAAAUGGCUCAAUGGGAGGAAGGGAAAGUGGGGAGGAAAGCAGAGCUCUGCGGUGUACGUGGGGACCUUGCUGUUGUAAGGUGCCCACUCAAGGGAAUAGUUCUGAGGGGCCUGACUGAAGCAUAGCGGAGAAGGAGGGUGGCAAAGAGGGUGAUGAGCACAGGGGCUGCAAAAUAGUGGGAGAAAGCAAAACCUUUGAGGAAGAAAGGGCAGUUCUGCAGUGGCAAGUGAUUUGUUGGUAGGGAAAAAUAAAAGGAGGCAGGGGGUGCCGAAGUCAUUAACAUCCCAGUCAUUAACAGCCCAGGUCUCACCCAGGUACAUGAAAGUUAUGGAUGGAAGGAGAAAGAAUUGGGAGGGCAAAGCCACAGUGUGGGGCGAAGGCAGCCCACUGGUGGGGCACAGAGCCCUGGGGAACUCUGUGGGAGCCAGGGCUAUGGGUGAAGGUGUCGCAGUGCUAGGACACAAGCCCAGUGUCGCAUACAAAUACAGGGGCACAAGGAUCAUCAGUGCACAAGGUGGUGAUGGAGGGAAUAGAUCUUGACACUGGAAGCAGCUUAAGUCUCCUGACAUUGGGGUAUAAGGAGCUCUGUUUAUUCCUUCUGUAUCUGCACCUAUAGGAGUUACCCUGAAAAGCUCCCUCUCCAUGGGAGAGGAGGACAGGAUCCCUAGAGAGUCACAGGUGUGUUUCCUGCUUUCCCUGCUGUGCCCACAUCCAUGGGACUGUGCCAACACUGUGAGUCCAAAGGAAUUGAAGGUUUUCCCUUUAUUUGCUCUCAGCUCUGUGCAGUCACACGAGGGAGCAUGCAGGCUUUAAGGAGAGCGCAUGGUCUGGGAGUACCAGUCUUAAUUGGUGUGUUUUUCUUUCUCAGAUUACCUCAUUUAAGAAGCAGAUUGUCCUGAUUGAACUCCUAUUUACCCAUAGAGGUAUUUGUUUAAAGAAAUCUCCUGUGCAUAAAAAUUAACUUGAAAAAAGUGUGAGGACCUGACCCUGUAAGGUCCUGAGAGGCUAAGCCUUAUAAAACCCCAUUAUUGGAGGAGCUGAAGAGCAAUGAGCUCAUUGCAGAGUCAAUCUCUCCAUGAAAGUAUGCUACUUUUCUCACCAUCUUUAUUUUCCUUACCUCUACCAUGCACCUAAUUGUGUAGGAAGCUAAGUUAAUUUCCUCACGAGGAUAAAAAUUUGUUCUGAGAUACUACAGUCAUGAUCUGCAGGUGCCAGAGUCUGUGCAGAGUGAUGCAUCAUCUGAGAGCUCAUCACUCCGCGGGAGUUGAGGGAAACCAGGACUUUACGGAAUUGCAUCCCACAGAAAUCCCCCUACUUUACCAACAGCAAUAGAGUUAAACUGAAAUUCACUUGCUACACAGUACCUCUGUCACUUCUUUUCUUUAGCCGAAAUGUUAACUGGAAACAACUUCUAGAUGUUACAUUAUCUGCAGGUGAAAAUGAUUCUUCAGAUUGUUCCUUUAACACAGUGUUAGUUCUCAUCAUUUUAGAAAGGUGAAGGGAAAGAGGGAGAUUCUUUGGGGUUUUGUAACUCAAAAAUGAAUAGCCCUUCUAAAAACUGAAGCAAAUACUUGAUCAUCAAGAGCUGGAAUGAAAAAGCAUGAGGAGAAGGUUUUCUCUGCGGGAUUUUCCCCUAGAAGUUUUAUCUAAGGGUGGGGGUUGCAUAUUGUCAAAUUCUUCCAAAUACUUAAAUUUGCAAGGAUUCCAGGGGAUGAAAAAUAAAAGCCAGGGUCAUCUGAACAAAGGCCUGUGUUAUUUGUAAAGCGUUUCCCCUUCCUGCUGUUCCUCUGUGUAAGAGCAAUCCUUGAGAUUCCCUUUGUGAAGAUGCAGGCUUUUCACAGAUAGCUUUUAAUGACAGAGGGAAAACAGAUCCCCAAGCUCUCUUACCUUCCUUGGUAGAAAUCUCCAUGAGGCCAUAUCUAUCUAGCUGUAACCACGUCCAACAUGGAGCAACCUAGAGCACUCCCGGGAAAACUUUCUAACUUCUUCCUGCAUACUACACCAAAUUACAAACCCGCAGAUAUAAACGGUUUGAUGGAAAAAUUAUUUUAAUACCUUAAUGUUGCACCCUGAUUAUAAAUUGCCAUAUUUAUACUUCUAUGAGUAUUUUAAACAUUGAGAAAGGAAUUUUAAAAAAAAAAGCUUUUAAACCUGUCUUAGAUGUUUAGCAUUCAAGGGGUUAAGCAAUAUGGGUUAUCUUCUUAUAUGAUAUGAAUCAGCAUAGCUCUAUUUUCUUCAGCAGUGCUACACUGUUUUAAUCACCUCAGUCUUUAGCUCCGUAUUACUUAACAUAGAAUGGCCAGUUUGUAUAAUAUUCUGCUUAAUGUUUUACCGGAAUUAGCCAAUGACACCAGAUUUGUUUAUGCUUGUAUUUUUCUCUAAAGCCCUUGAAAAACUGUUAUUGAUGCUGUGUAAUUUUAAUAUUAUAGUUGUCAGUACUAAAAAUGAAUCUGAUGAAUAAUGCUAAGAUUAUGCUUUUGUUAAUACAAAUCUAUGACCAUUUCCAAAUGAAGACUUUGUGCUUAGAUCAAAUAUACUAUGUUUAUAAAUCACUUCUUACUACAGAAAUAAUUAGUGUACUUCCAACAUUGAUGAGUACAAAGUUCCGGAAAAGGACAACUGAAUGAAGAGAUUCAUGAUUUAAAAAGAAAAUCUAAAAAAAACCCUAAACAAAUACGGAAACAGUAUCCAAUUACUUAAGCAUUGUAUUAGUUUAAAUGGAUUUCUUCUUGGCUUUAGAAAAUGUAAGUCAAAUAAAAAGAAUACUUGUCGUGACUGACAGGGAGAUAACUAUACAGAAGUAAAAGCACUCUGUAAUCUUAGCAUUUUCAAAACAUAUAGGUUUUGGGUCUGAUCCUGCAUUGUGCUGAACACCCAUUGAAGGUGCUGAGGGUUAGGCCCUGGAACAAAUGUAAGUGGUGUUUUUUGUACUAGUCAUUUCUCACUCCUAUGGCAAGUUUUUUAAUAGCUUCUGAAGCAAAGGCCCAUUGCAAAUGAGAUCGCAUUAGAUGUAGAAAUCCGUGCAUCUUUAGAUCCAUAUGCCUAGGUGGAAUUUAGCAGGACUGAGCUUUUCUUUGGCUGCAUUGUUGCGAAGACUGCUGUAGACUGAGCAGCAACCUUGUUGGUGAAGGCGACUGAGAGAAAUGGCAGUAAAGGCCCCGGUAGCUGGAGCCGGGGUGGGCUCGCAGAGCUGCCUCCCGCCGGCCGCCGCGGCCGGGGCACUGCGCUGGCAGCGCCGCAACAGCCCCGCCGCUGCCCGUCGGCUUUCACGCUGUCUCUUCGGGCAUUUAGGGUCCUACAACGCUGUAUUUGCAUAACGGAGGUGUCAGUCCAACGUCCUGCUGAAUUUCUUCAUUACAAACACUACCUCAAGGUGAAGGACGAGCCUGUUGACUAAAGUAUGUAAGGUUUUUUGUUUGAAGAGCAGUUAAAAUGUGCGCAGGACUAAAAGUCAUCCAAAAAGUAUCUUGAGUCUAGCCUGUCCGGGCAGUAAUAAUGAUCAAAAUUAUUCCUUGCAGUGGUCGAGUGUAGGGAAACUUGUGCUUCAGAAGGGGAUAAAUUUAAAAAGAAAAGUGGCUUUUUUAUGGAAGAAGGCGGCUUUCUUUGGCGGGCUGAAUUUCAGGAUUUGGUUUUGGAAGCUUUAGAUUUGAAAGCUUGGAGCUCCUUUUGUCUUACCUGGAUGGAAGCUCUUUGCCUGUGCUCACUAGCUGAAGCAACAGCCGCCCAGAACACCAAAUGGAACAAUGUACAUUGGGCUGUUGUUUAGCGUGACAAACUUAAAUAUUUUGAUUGUUUUUUUCCUGCUAAAUGUUAGUCUGCCAAUGGACAGCUGCAGUGUAAACUACCCAUUACACUUUGCGUUGGGAUUUUGUAUGCAGUAUGAUACAUUAGGUAUUAAGACUUUUUGUAGGGGGAAAAAAAAAAAGAAUUCAAGUAGAUUUUAGAUGAACAUAUCUAGUGUGUGAAAAAGCUGUUGAAGAAUAGAUUACAUUAAACAUUUACCAGCAAGUCAGUAAAAAUAGUCCUUAUAUGUAGACGUUCAAUAUAAUUUAAGGUUCUAAAAACAAUUUUUAAAUUUACCUAAUAUGUAUGAUAUCGUUGAAUUUUAAAAAGCAGCCACUCCUUUAUGUAAACAUAAGAAUAUGCCUAUGUUUCUUUUAAUUCUACAGCCUUUUUUUCUCCAAAUAAAUUUAUUAAAUUUUGUGCACAAAAUAGUACUUCAGCCUGCUAUUUAGCCUAUGGUGCCUUAGAGUUAUUACAAAUAUUUAACAACAUGUAGAUAAUGUAAAUACUGCCAAAAGAUCACUAAGGCCAAAUAUUUUCUCUAUUCACUUUUUACUGCACUUGCUUUCUAUUGCUAUUUAAGCCCCUUUUAUCCAGCUUUGUAACAGUUAUAACAUUGUAGCCAAUGUAAAUGUUUACUUUCAAUAAAUCUGAAUUUGUUCAACAA